AUGAAAUACGCAGCGAUAUCACAUUUCAGCCACCCAAAACACAACCUCAAAUACGACUACACCGAGAAGCCCUUCAAGUGUGAUGGUUGCAAUGAAGUAGGCAUAGGCUCUCGCUAUCGCUGCUCGAAUGAUCCUGAAAGAUGUGAUUUCGAUCUCCAUGCUCACUGCGCGUUGCCUUCAGCCUCCAUAACACAUCCGUUCUACAAAAAAUGCACGUUUCAGUUCUUGGCGCGGCCGCCAGGGAACGAGAGAAGAUACUGCAAUGCGUGCGAGAAGGAUGUGUCGGGAUUUGUGUACCAUUGUAGAUCGUGCGGGUUUGAUCUUCAUCCAUGUUGCGCGAUGCUUCCUAUGGUUUUGGACGAUGGAGAGACCAAACUCUUUCUUUAUCGUAAAGUUAGUUCGUCUUGUCAUCGGUGUGGAAGAAAAGGUCGUAGCUGGAGUUAUAGGUCGUCUUGCAAAAAGUACAAUCUCCACGUAGCGUGCGUGAGGGAGAUGUUAGUGGAGAAUUGGCGAGAGCUGUACAAAGGACAAAACGAGAAAAGCACAGAACGUAAGAGCUUGGCUUUAAAGAACACGCUUGAGCAUCACCACCGUAAAAGCAGCAAAGGUAAGGUCCAGAAAUGUUGCGAGAUCGCCGGAAUGGCCGUGCAGUUCGUUAUCUCCGCCGUGCUAGGCGAUCCGACUGCGCUUAUUGCCGGAGUUGUAGGCUCUCUCAUCUCCCGGGGAUGA